AUGGAUUUUUUUCGCAGUCAGCCGCAGCUGGAGUACUGCGCCCAGUUUUGGGCGCUGCGCUUCAAGAGGGAAGUGGAUAACCUGAAAAAGGUUCAGAGGAGGACUACUCAUGUGGUUGAGGGCCUGCAGGUGCGGGAAUGGAAAAAGGAAGGCAGGAAAACAUACAUGUGUACUGGCCGACCCGGUUGGCUAACUGUAUCACUUCGCGUUGGGAAGUACAAGAAGACUCAUAAGAACAUAAUGAUCAACUUAAUGGAUAUUCUAGAAGUAGAUACUGAAAGACAGGUGGUCCGUGCGGAACCAUUGGUCACAAUGGGUCAGUUGACAGCUCACUUGAACCCUAUGGGUUGGACUCUUCCAGUGGUCCCAGAACUUGAUGACCUCACAGUAGGUGGUCUGAUCAUGGGAACUGGCAUUGAGUCUUCAUCCCAUAUCUAUGGACUUUUUCAACAUACCUGCUUGGCUUAUGAACUUGUUCUCGCUGAUGGAAGUCUUGUGAGAUGUUCACCAACUGAAAAUUCAGACCUGUUUUAUGCUGUGCCUUGGUCUUGCGGUACUCUGGGGUUCCUGGUUGCAGCAGAAAUAAAAAUGGUUCCUGUCAAGAAAUACGUAAAAUUACAUUAUGAGCCUGUAAGAGGUUUGGAGAAGAUAUGUGAAAAGUUUACUGAAGAAUCUAAAAAGAAAGAAAACAAUUUUGUGGAAGGACUGGUGUACUCUCUGGAAGAAGCAGUCAUCAUGACAGGAAUCUUGACUGAUGAAGCAGAACAAGGCAAGAUAAAUAGAAUUGGUAACUACUACAAGCCAUGGUUUUUCAAGCAUGCGGAAAAGUAUCUGAAGGCUAACCAAACUGGGUCAGAGUACAUUCCAGCAAGGCAUUACUACCACAGACACACACGUAGUAUCUUCUGGGAACUGCAAGAUAUAAUUCCUUUUGGCAAUAAUCCUAUUUUUCGUUACAUUUUUGGCUGGAUGGUUCCUCCAAAAAUCUCUCUGUUGAAAUUGACACAAGGAGAAGCUACUCGUAAGCUAUAUGAGCAGCAUCAUGUUGUACAAGACAUGUUGGUUCCAAUGAAAAGCCUUGAAAAAUCUAUCAAAACCUUCCACAGUGACCUUAAUGUUUAUCCCCUCUGGUUAUGUCCUUUCAUAUUACCUAAUAACCCUGGUAUGGUCCAUCCAAAGGGUGAUGAAAUGGAACUCUAUGUGGAUAUAGGAGCUUAUGGAGGCCCCAAAACAAAACAAUUUGAAGCUAGAGCUUCAAUGAGACAACUGGAAAAGUUUGUAAGAAAUGUGCAUGGUUUUCAAAUGUUGUAUGCAGAUUGUUAUAUGAGCCGUGAGGAAUUCUGGGAUAUGUUUGAUGGUUCCCUCUACCACAAGCUGAGGGAGCAAAUGAAUUGCAAGGAUGCCUUCCCAGAGGUAUAUGAUAAAAUCUGCAAAGCAGCAAGGCACUGAGCCUGAAUAACUUAAGCAAGCAAUCAGGGAAAAAUUGAUUUACCAAUAGUUAGUCAUUACAGUCUCACAAAAGCUUUAUUACUGUCCAAAAUAAGCUCAUUACUGUUGAUGUUUAAAAGUACAGAUUCCUACUUUAUAAACUUGUAUUUAAUAAUUGUUAGUAUGUUUUAAAACAAAUUUCCCAACUCAAAGUAAUUUUAUUUAAGGAAUUGCAAUCCUACCCUGUGACAUCUCUUUAUGUCUUAGAACAUAGUGAUGUAUAUGUGAAUUAAUAGCUUUUCAAUAAGUAGGAAAAAUUGGAAAGAAGAAGAUAAUUAAAUAGAUCAGUUAUUUACUGGAUUACAUGUAUUAUACCUGAGACAAAUCGUAAAGUCAUUGAAUUAGACAAUGAGGGAAGUCUCAGAAUUAGGUGCCAAAGGGGAGGGAUUUACUUCAAAUUUAAUCAUAGGUUUAAAAAUGUUUGUUUCAGAUCAGUAACUGGUGCAGGGCUUUAAAUUUAAGGGAAGUCAAGAGCUAACACAAUUCAGAUAUGGUUAAUACAUUUUCAAAUUAAACUCGCAGUUAACAGAGCAGACAAAUGGUCACUAACAACUUGUCUCAGUUUGAAACCUAAAUAUCAAAGUUUGAGAAAAUCCUCUUCACUUGUGCCUGUCAGAUUUGUACUGAUUCUGAUCAAGUGGGUAUGGACUUUAAGGAUUUGUUUGUUAUUGUUAUUGCUUAUCAGUAUAAAGUUUAAUAUGUUUUGAAGGGAAAACAUUUUGGCUUCUAGACUACUGAAAAAACUGCUGCUAUUUCAUAUAGACAGGUAUUAACAGUUUGUACUUGUCAUGGGGUCUAUUUUUUUUAAGGUUAAUUUGAGUGCCUUAUAAAUACUUGGUUAGAGAGGACAUGGAUAAUUUCACAUCAUUUUGUUCUUGACUUGAGAAGAAAUAUGUCCUUUAUUUAUACAUGUUUUUUUUUGAACAGUUGUUGAAGACUGACUCACACACAACCUAAGCUUCAGUUUUAUAGUGGAAUAUGAAAUGUGCCAGAUGUGGUUCUAAUGAGAAUAUUAGCUUUCCAUUUUAGCUGGAUUAGUUUGAUGGGCUUUGUAGAAGGUCCCUUUCAACCAACUAGAGACUAAUUUCGUAAGGAAAACUUUUGGGACACUUUACUGUCCAACCCCUCUUUCCACAGCAAAAUGUAAUUGUGUCAGUUUGCACCAGUGACCUGCUUCAUUCAAUAUUUUGCCUGAGCAUUGAAAAGUAGCGAGGUUGCAUGUGGCACCAUGUUUUAAACUGAUUCCACGUCUGAUCCAAAGAGUACUUUGAAUUUUUACUUUAUUAAGCUCAUGGAGAAAUGUUUGUUUUGGGGGGCUUGCCUUCCAAGUAAAGCGAAAACACCUCUAAACAACUACCAGUGAGGGAGUUUUUUGUAUCUUUUAGUUUAAGGCUAAACCAAUGAUUUUAUUUAUUGAUAGAUGGACAUUUGUGACUAAGAUUAAACCAAUGAUGAAGCAGUUGCCUGAAUAAGCUUGGUUAUUCAUGGCAAGUGAUGAAUAUUGGGCCAAAUUGUCAUAGUGCUGGUACUGCCAAGCAAGGAAGUAAAAUGAUGUAAGGUAUAGCUUUUUACAUCCAUAUAUGGAAUGGAUGGGGCAAAAGUGACAGCCUGAAUGUUGUGGUCAGCCCACUUGUGUCAGUGGUGAGAGAAAGGUAUGCUGUGCCAGGUAUGUGCCGCAAAACAAGGAGGAGCUGAUAUGGCAGAUAAAUCAUGAUUUGAAGGAUCAUAAUCUGAUUUACAGUCUGCUCCAGAGACAACACAGUAGGAGCUGCCUUUUUUUCUGUGGCAAAGCCAUGGUUUAGCCCAUCACUACCCAGAAGAUAAUCUGCACAGGGCAUGAAUCGAUAGCUAGCUUUUUAAAAGUUCAAUGUUAUGCAAGAAUUUUAAAAUCAAAGCUGUCUCUCUCUAACUUAUGUAUUCAUAGUCUUCAGUUAUACACUGUAUUUGAUUAUUCACUUCAUAAUGGAUCUGCAAACUUUGGUACAUGGUAUUAAUGCUAUUACUAUGAGCCUCUCAAUCACAUACAUGCACUCUUAACACGCACAUGGCUGCUGAUGGUGUUGAAACUCUUGGUUGUAUGACCUGUUGAAACUAUAACCAGUUGUACUGUUACAAUGGUGUUUUUAUGGAUGAUAAAAUAAAAAUGUUCUAAGAG